AGCAUUCCAUGCGUUAAAAGGGCAGAUGGUAACCGCGGGUAACUGAGGAGCAAACCACUCUGCUGGCCACAGAGCAAGAGAUCAGCGGAGAGAGGGAGGGAGGAGAGCGAACACAUGCAGCGCAGCAGAGGAGAGGAGAGGAGCAUCUGAGAGGAAGCUGCACGCCUGCUCUGACAGAGAGGAAGACAGACUUCUUCUCCACACUAACAAGGAGGUGGAGAGCAAAAAGAGACGAGGAGAGACACAGAGACAGAGACAGGAGGAGGGGAGAUAGUAAGAGGAGGUAAAAAAAAAAGUAUCCCUCCCUUCCACUUAGAGAGAUACAGAGACAAAGAGGGAGGGAAAACAAAAGGGGGUUGGAGAGAUUGUGAAGUGAGGAGAGGGAGGCAGCGGACGGCAGAUAGUUAGAGGAACUGCAAGACUGAUCAAUGAGAGGCUGAGAUUUCCGGAAUAAAUUUCGACUCAGCAAGAAAGAGACCGAGAGAGAGAGAGGGAGUCAAUGACAAGGAAAGAUUAAUGAAUGAAAGAUGGGAGAAAAACAUCUGGAGAGGCUUAAAAAGAGGAAUAUUUAAAAGGAAGACCUAGUGGGAGGCAUUUUUUUUUUUAAAACCCCAGAGAAGAAUAACACAUUUAGACAACGACAAGAAGAUAAGAUUGGAAAGAAAGGAGGAGCAGAGGGUGAAAUAUUUAAAAAGAGACUGAGAGGAGAUGAGCAGAGAGAAGCCAAAGUCAAAGUGUCACUGGCAAAAACUUAGAGAAGAGAGAGAAUAAAUCAGAGCAGCUGGGGGAGAAACUGCGCUACUCCUUUUCUUUUUUCUUAUUUCUUCUGUCCCUCUUCUACUUUAUAAAACAGAGGAGGAGAGACACAAUGAGGAGAGCGGGAGAGAGUCGAGGAAGAUAGAAGAAGAAGGAGGAGAGGAAGCAGACUUUUUCUUCAAAGUCCAGAUAGAUACACAAGAUAUUUAAGUACAAGAGACUAAUCCAAUGGCGUGCUACUACAUUGUGAUCAGUUCCACCCACCUGCAUGACGGACAGCUGAGGAGCAUCAAGGGGGUGUUCAGAGGUCCAAUAGGAACCAACAGCCAAAGAAACACGGAGGAAGGAGACUCUAGUUUCUACUGCGAGCUUUGCGAUAAGCAGUACGUGAGACACCAGCAGUACGACAACCACAUCAACUCCUACGACCACCACCACAAGCAGCGCCUCAAGGAGCUGAAACAGAGGGAGUUUUACAGAGCGCUGGCCUGCAGGAGGCAGAGGAGACGCAGGGAGGAGAAGAGAGAGCUGAGGAGGCUCCAGAAGCAUGAAGAGAGGAGAACGGGAGAGUGCGCUCCAGGUUCUGGUCCCAUGUUCCGGUCCACCACAGUGGCAGUGGAACCAGCAAACCAGACCAGACCGGACUCUGUGCAGAACUGGGGCGACAACAACACGAGCAGCGCCCCACUGGGAACAAAUCCUCAAACCCCGCUGAUCCAGCCCUUCCUUCCCCUGGACCCUGCACUGGAAACCAGACUCCUGAGCAACACGCAGUGGGCGUACGACCCAAUGGACACCAACAGCACUCAGACUACUGCUGCUGAAUCCUGCAUCCUCAACGAGACCCAAAUGGACUACAAUGAGCUGACCACAAACAACACGAUGAACACAAAUAUAAACACUACCAAAACCAGGCACUUUAACAAGAUCCCUUGGGCUCACAAUUAUUUAAGCAACCCCAUUACUCCCAAUAACAUCCCAACGACUGCCACCAGCACCGCCACUAAUGGCUCCAUUUUCAACACAACCACCGUGACCAACUUCAGCAAGACAAUCGCCCCCGCCAUUACUACUAACACGGCCGACAUCGGCGUCAACAGUGGCAGAGCAGUGUGCGGACCAAGCGUCCAGUCCGUCCGCAGCAGAGUCCGCCCCGUGUCCUUCUCGCUGCCCAAAAGGAGCUGUGUCCUCCUCCACCAAUCAGCUGCCGUCUUCAUCCAAGCUGGGCGAGGCUCUGGCUUGUCGGGGAAGCAAGAAGGUGUGAUGGCGCAAGAAAAAGUCAAAGAUCCGGGGGAGAAAGUCACAGAUCAGCAGCUCAAAUCUCCAGUAUCUGCAGACGUGGACGUUGUAGGCGUGGGUCACUCGGACACUGGAAACCAGCGCGGUGUGGACAUUAAAACUGCAAUCCAGCACUCUGAGGCUGGAACCAAUAUGCCUCCUGAGAGGGGAACUGGAGGACUCUCUGGGACUGGAGCCCAGGUUUCUUUAUUUAAUCGCAAUGUAAUUAGAGUUGAAGACUUUGUAAUCAGUGGGAAUGGAGCCCAGCACUCCUUAUGUAAUGUCAAUGGGACUGGAGCCCAAGUCGGCAGGGAAAGUGGGACUGGAGCUCAUCAUUGUUUAAACAGUUGGACACCAGCACAGAUUUCUGACAGUGUAAGCACAGUUGAUGCUAAAGAUUCAGUAUGCAGAGACAGCGAGGCUGAAACCCACGACGAUGUGGCCUAUCGUACAGAGUUAAACCCCACCCAAGAAUUGAAAGAUCUGCUUUGUCCCGCUACAAAUCAGCAAAAGUCAAUUUCUGGUGUUUUAAAUGACACCAAAGAGUCUUCAAUCCAAACACAGCCCAAAGAAUCAAGUUUCUCUCCGUCAAACGGGGCUAAAGGAUCAACUUCUUUGCCUACAAAUCGCCCCAAAGAGCCGUUUUGUCGCGUCCUGAGCAGAGACGGUAGCCGGGUUCUUCUCUGGCCGUCGGAGAUGGUCAGCUACACCAAGACCUUGCCCUCCAUCUCCUACAGCAUAAACCCUCUACUGUACGACUUCAGAGCACAUAACAGGGCCAAGGAAGUGGGUGAGGAAAAGAAAGGAGGGCUAGAGGAAGGGAGGGAGAGAAUAAAGCCGUCUGUGAUCAAACAACCUGACUGCCAACAGAGGCAGGAAGCUAUGGAGGGAGGACGGGAGGUGAAGAUAGAUGAAAGGGAAGAAGGAAGACAGGCAGGUAAUCCUAUGGAACCUGUAGCCCAUUGUAGCGGCGGCGGCGCGGUUCUGGCACGCUGUGGCUGCCGCGAUGAAAGCGCUUUAAAAUGUGUUCCAGUUUCCGCAGAGUGCCACCUUGCACCGAUGCUGGGCCUUCAAAAAACAGGCAGGAAGAGGAGGAGGAAGAGGAGGGGAGGGGUGAGGAGAGGAAUGAGGAAGAGGGGUAGGAGGAAAAGAGGAGAGGAGACAGAAAGGGGAAGAAGGAUAAUAAGUAGAGUUUCUGAGAACCAGAUGUUUGAGGGGAGAGGAGACGAGAGGUUGAAAAGAGAGGGCAGCGAAAAAGAGGAGAGGAGGGAAAAAGGGCUAUUAAGUAACCCUGCAGUGCAUCGGCUGGUAGGAGGGAGAGAAAAGAAGAUGAGGGGAGAGGAGAGAAGGAUAAGAGGAGAUCAGUCAGAGCGAGAGAGGGCAGGUAGAAAUGACGAGAAGAGAGGAGCGCUAUUAAGUAAUCUUCCUGUGAAUCGGUGUAAUCGGUGUAACCAGCUGUGUCUGCAGGUGAAAAGGGAGGCCAGCAAGCAUCAAUCCCAGCAAUCAGCCUCCGGGUGGGGCCAGGGGCUCAGAAAGCUCCUCUGUAGGGGUGCAGCAUGUAACUCAGUGAUUAGCCCCGUCUCUGGGUCUGUUAUAGAGACGCCAUGCUGUCCUGCAAUUACACCCGAGCUUGCUCAGAAUGACAGAGAGACGGGGGAGAUACACAAAAAUACACAAGCAGGGAAGCACGAAGGGCAGAGUCAUGAGGAGCAAAGAAAUCUGAGCAAGACAGAGAUAAGAGCCGUUCAGGAUGCUAAAGAAAACGUGUGUAACCUAGUGAUUAGCGGCGUUUCUUUUCCCUGUCGAGAAGCAGCACGCGAGUCUGAAAUGUGUCUUGUUCCUACACCUCAUAGGGAAACAGCAUGUGAUCCAGCGAUUAGCCUUGUCCCCGCACCCUUUAGAGGAACAGCGGUUAGUCAAAGACAAACAAUACCUGCAGCAAGCAGCCACCCUGCGUUAGGCCUAGCCCCAAGCUGCUCCGCACAACAGCCAGAAACACGGCCGAGAAUGAGAUCGGCCUGUGCAGACAUGACCCUCCCAGGUGAUGCAAUUUCGAUGUCAAAGAGAGUAGAAACAUCCGGCAAGAGAAAGACAGAAUCGCCUGAGGCUGGGGAAACACCAAAGAAGAAAAGGAAAAGGGGACGGAGACAAACGAGGAGAGUUGUAUGUGUUUUGAGACAGGAAAGGGCUUGUGGUGGGUUGAAGGCUGGCCUCGGCGUAGAUGAGGACGCCACAAAACUCAACAAGACUGGGACACUUCUGGACAACUUCCUGGGCAGUCCGGAGGGCGACAGGACAGAGAAAAACACUGACUGCCACUUUCUCUCCGGGAUGAAACACCGUCUGUGUCAUGAAACAAAUAACAGCGAGGGAACAUUUACCUGUAACAGCGCUGACAAACUCAAACACCACAAUACCUGCGAUGACAGGAAAGGCGGCAACUGUGAUGCCGAUGACUACAGUCAAUUUAUCUCCGAUGCCUCUGUAGACGAGCAGAAGAGGAUGUGCUGGACUGAGAAACCUUUGAGUGACUGUCACACCUGUAGCACACCAAGUGACCGCAGUCAGUGCGAUAAAAAGUGCAACAGAGAUGGAAAGCAUGAUGCUACUCAUGACAAUCCUCACGUCAAACACAAUCCGAGCUGUGGCGGCAGUGAGACGGACAAAGACGAGGAUCACUCGCGUGAUCGCGUGGACAAACGUCGCUCAGCUAACGGGAGUGACAACCCUACCUGUAACACCAUGGACACACCUGUUGACUCCUUCACCCGUUGCACCAACGAAACACAUGCUGACCACUGUCAAUGUGAAAACAAGCCAGCAAAGAGUGAAAAAAUGGCAAACGACGCUGACAAAACAGCAGCUUUUAGUGGGCAAACUGCAGCUCAGAGCCAGAGCUCAGAUUGUAAUGACUGCUCUAAGUGUAAAACAAAUGGCACAUGUCAUCACACUUGUGAUUAUAACCUAACAAAUAACAAAAGGGGGCUCAGUGAGGAGGAUGAAAGCAAACCUGUCUGUCUCUCUGAAUCGGCAGAUGAUUACCAAACCUGCAGCGGUAUUGAUCCCGGAAACGCAGACGGCUGUGAUGACAUUAACGGUGGUCAGCGUGAUUAUCGUGACAGUAAUCAUGUCACUGAUUGUAAUCACUGUGCUCAUGUUGUUGUCGAGAACAGCGCCAGAGGUGCAACGGAAGCCGUCGCUCUCGUGAGCGUACGCACGGAGCAGAGAGAGGCGGAAAGAGAUGCUGAGAGGGAGAGAAAGGAGGAGGAGGAGAGACAGAUGGAGAGGAAAAAGGUAAAGGAGAAGCAAAAAGAGUGGGAGAGGGAGUGGGUGAGGAGAAAGGAGAAAGAAAGGGAGGACAGGGAGAGAAGGAAGGAGAUAGAUUUCGAACAUCUCUACACGGAGAAGAGGCCUCGUUUUCCUCACGCCCUCCCUCCGCAGUGCAUCCCCCUCCACGCUCCCCUCCUCCUUCCGCCUUCCCUCUCCUCCUCUUCCUCUUUCUCCUUCCGCCACACCAUCAUCCAGCAUCACCUCUCCCUCCUCCCUCCUCCGUCCCACCUCCCCGUUCAUUCAUACCCUCAUCUUCUCCCCUCUUUCUCCCCACACCUCUCUCCUCUCACUCUUAAUCCGCCUCCUGCUCCCCCACCACCACCACCUCAUCCUCCUCUCCAUCCGUCUUUCUACUCCGCGUCCCCCAUCCCUUUUCUGGAUGGCCCCGGUCCAUAUCCCUUAGCAACCGCGUUUCAUCCCAUGCAGAGUCACCAUCCGUCUCUUUAUCCCCGGCCCCAUCCUGCUGUCAUGCCCUUACAGGUGUUGUUCUAAAAAAAAAAACAAAGAAAUAGACUCAUUAAAGGUACAUUCUCCCAUUUUUCCAAGACAACCGUUGUCAGCUAGGUGAAAGCAGUUUUUCAUGUGUCGUUAUACCUGCAUCCUCAAUUUACAAUUUCAGGAAGACUGAAGUAGAAAAACAAAGCCGAUCUUUCUUGAAGCCAAACCCUUCAUCACCCUGUCCAAACGCUCAAAAGCACUGAUUCACAAGUGAA